AUGGCAACACUACAUCUAGAAGGGGAUGCAGAGAAUUGGUAUUUCUCCUACACUCUCACAAGAACGCAAGCGAGAUGGGAAGAAUUUUGUAAGGAAUUGAUCAACAAGUAUGCUGAUGAAAAUGGUGAAAGGGUUGUGAAUGACUUUAAAAUGCUGGUUCAGACCACUACUGUCAAUGCUUAUUUAUAGAAGUUUGAAGAUCUCAGGGCAUUGGUAUUGAUGAGAAAUCCUAGAGUGCCUGAAGAUUUUCUACUUGAAUGUUUCAUUGGUGGGUUGAAGGAGGAGAUUGGAGAGACAGUCAAGAUGUAUGAACCUUACUCUCUUUCCCAAGCAGUGUCAUUUGCAAGGAAACAAGAAAGGAUCAUCAAUGCUAGAGAAAGGAAAGCUAAAUGGAUGCAUAAGGGAACCAUUGUACCUUUUAACAAGGAACCAGUCAAAAACAUUAAGUUGCCAAGGAAAGGGCCUGAGGCCAACGCUAGACCAGAGAUCAAGCCUGAGUUUAGGAGAAUUCAUGGUGCUUGUUGGAGGUGUGGAGAAAGGUAUCACCCAAGGCAUGUAUGCAAGGACAAACAGCUCAAUGCCAUGUCUGUAGUGGAGGAAGAACAACAAGGAGAAGGAGCACAAGAGGAGCGCCAAUUGGCUUUGACAGUUGAGGAAGAAGUUACACAAGAGAUGAUGGAAGGAGAAGAAGAAGCAGUAUGCUUAAAUGCUAUGUCCUGUACCCCUGAGCCUAACACUUUCAAGCUUAAAGGGUUUAUAAAGAAGAGAGCAGUCAUAAUUCUAGUGGAUUAUGGCAGUACACACAGUUUCCUUGACAGCCAAACAGCCAAGGAACUGGGGUUAGUGGCACAGAUGGACAGACUACUGAGGGUGACAGUAGCCAAUGGGCAGCAAAUGUAUAGCCAUCAAAGUGUGACUGUGAAAUGGAAGGCUAGUGGAGUAGAAUUCACAGACAAGUUCAGACUACUGAACAUAGGCAGUUGUGAUAUGGUGUUAGGGGGUGAUUGGAUGAGGGCACACUCCCCAGUUACUUUUGACUAUGAGCUCUAUGUACUGAAGCUUCAGCAAGCUGGGAAAAUGGUGACAUUAAAGGGUGAAUUGGGUCAUGGUAAAAUGCAUCAGAUCACAACCAAAGGUGUAGUAAGAAUAUUGAGGAAAGGUCAAGCAUUAUUAGCACACUUCUUUACUAUGGUGAGCCAAGAGAUAGUGGAAGAUGAGGAAAUACCAACAGAGGUGCAAGGAGUUUUGACAGCUUAUGCUGAAGUGUUCAAAGAACUUAAGGCUUUGCCCCCAACUAGGGAGCAUGAUCAUGCUAUACCUAUCAUACCAGGUGUUAAACCAGUAUCCUUAAGGCCCUACAGAAGCAAGUAGCAGAAAUGCUUGACCAAGGGAUCAUUCAGCCAAGUCACUCACCUUUCUCUUCACCAGUGCUAUAGUGAAGAAGAACGAUGGCAACUGGAGAUUCUGCAUUGACUAUAGAGAAC